GCGGCGCGGCGACCUUCAGUGCGUCCCUGCUGGGCGCCUGCGCGCGCUUGCCCCGCGCGCGGGGACGGCCCCGCCCCUCCUUCACCCCCCUCCCCCCCCCCCACCCGCCGCCCAUGUGGUGCCUCCGCACCGGCAGGCGCGAGCGCCGGGCCGUUGGACAGAACCUGGACUAUUUUUAAUUGGAAAAUCCUAUAUCCUGCUGAUAGAAAACCAGAUUUGAGUUCUUCUUUCUCCUUCCUCAUUGGAAAAACAUAGUAGUGACUCCCCAUUCACUUCAAUGUCAGUUUGCUGCUAAUGGGUGUGAGUAAAUUGGAUGUCUUAUACAGAAAGCUUCUCCUUACUAAACUCUUCAUCAGAGGAUGGGGAAAGCCAGAAGAUCUGAAAAGAAUAUUUGAAUUCAGAAAGAUAAUUGGAAACAGGGAGAAAUGCCAGAAGCUGGUUUCGAAAGAUUACCCAGUGUUCAUUGACAAGGUUGAGGAACAGUCAGACUGUAAAAUCCUUGAGGGACACUUCAUUUCCCCUUUGGCUCAUUAUGUUCCAGGUAUCCUGCCGGUCGAAUCUCUUAUAGCAAGAUUUCAGUUUAUAAUACCCAGAAGAUGGAACAGCAAGCAUAGACCUGUGUGCAUUCAUUUAGCAGGCACUGGAGAUCAUCACUUCUGGAGGAGACGCACAUUAAUGGCCCGUCCGAUGAUUAAAGAAGCCUGUAUGGCUUCCCUACUUCUAGAAAAUCCUUAUUAUGGCUGUAGAAAACCUAAGGAUCAAUUGCGGUCGUGUUUAAAAAAUGUCUCGGACCUGUUUGUGAUGGGAGGAGCUCUUGUUCUAGAAUCGGCAGCUCUUUUGCACUGGCUAGAGAGAGAAGGCUAUGGACCACUAGGGAUGACUGGAAUAUCCAUGGGAGGACAUAUGGCUUCACUAGCAGUGACAAACUGGCCUAAACCAUUGCCAUUGAUUCCAUGUCUCUCCUGGUCAACAGCUUCUGCUGUCUUCACUACGGGUGUAUUGAGCAAGGCAGUGAACUGGAGAGAACUAGAAAAACAGUAUUUUACACACACUGUUUAUGAAGAAGAAAUCAUUCAAAUGCUUGAAUAUUGUGGAACAGAUUCUUUCAAGAUGGGACAAGAUUUUGUUAAAAACUUCCCUGACAGUGUAGAUAGUCUAGAGGACAUAGACCUGACUUCCAGAAUGUUCAACUUUGAUUCCUCAAACACAACUUUAUCUAAAGAAGCUGGACACUGCUUUACCACAAAUAAAAGUACUAUAAGUGCCUCAUCAGAGAGACUUUUAAUACAAGAUGCUCCUAAAAUGCAGUGCAUAAAUCAAACAUUUUCCACCAGUAGCAAUAGCAAUAAAAACUUAACCAGCCAACAGGGACACAGCAUAAAUGAAAGAAGAAAGAGUGACACGUUACAGAGAGAAUCGCUGCGCUUCAUGAAAGGCGUUAUGGAUGAAUGUACCCAUGUAGCCAACUUUUCAGUUCCAGUUGAUCCAAGUUUAAUCAUAGUUGUACAAGCUAAGGAGGAUGCAUAUAUUCCUCGAACUGGGGUGCGCAGUCUUCAAGAAAUCUGGCCUGGAUGUGAAAUCAGGUAUCUGGAAGGAGGUCAUGUCAGUGCCUACCUCUUCAAACAAGGACUCUUCAGGCAAGCUAUUUAUGAUGCAUUUGACCGCUUUCUUCAGAAAUAUGCUGUUUAACGAUCUUAGUAUUCAAACUGAUCGCAUUUUUACUUCCCUGUAUUGGAAUUUCGUGUUGGGAAAACAAGCCUCUUGCAAGGUGAAAUGGAUGGUCACUGACUUUGAAUGCUGUAGCUAAGAAUUACCAAAAAUGGUAAAGUACUAGUAUUAAUUUUAUUUAAACCAAAUGACAUUCUGACAUGCUUGCUUCGGCUUUACCUGCAAAAAAACAUUGGCAGCAUUUGUUAGUGCAUGAAUGAUUCAUGUACUUCAUAUUUAAUUGCAUUAUGUAUUACUUCAAUUCUGAAUUGCGUAUCAGUUGAAAACGGACAAAUUUAAAUGUUGAUAGAAUGUAAAAUUUGCUAUAGGGCUGCAAUGCUGUCUUGUAUUUAGUGUAUUUCUAGUUAUUUCCAGAUACCUUGUUCUUUUUCUUGUUUCCUUGUCAGCUUGCUGGUGUGAUUUUACAGUGGCUUUGCCAACAGUCAACCUCUUGUUUGUUGCUGAUUUUCUGUAUUAUGACUUGAAAGUGAGCUAUUGUGGAGGGGGCAGAAUCAAAUCUUGCAAAAUGAACCUUUAAAAACAGAAUGAAGGAUGAGAAAAAGACACUUAGACCCAAAACAUUUGAAAGACUGUUCUGCCUCUUAAAGUGUGCCAUUCAAGCAGAAUCAUGUAGCUAUUCAUUGAUUGGUUUCACAGAACUGGAAUGACUGAAAAUGGAGUGUCCAGUAAUUCAUUUUUUUUUUAUGUUGUAUAACAAACAUUUUAUACUAGAAUUUUUUUAGAUUGCUAAAGAGAAUUUAAAAAAACAUCAUUUUUCAACAACAAUGGCACAAAGAGUCUGAUCCUAAGUGGUUAAAUCAACAGCAAAACAUAUGGUGCUAUAGACCUGUUUGAAAUAUUUCUUUUCUAAAGCGCACUCAGCACUGAUGUGCAACAUACAGUUUCACUGUAUGAUAUUAAAAAUAUAUGUGAGACUAAGGGUUAUCAAAAUGGAUGAAAGUUUGCUCCUUAUUUGUCUGUACUUUUUUUUUAAUUGGAUGGAAAGGAAAAAUUUAUGAUUCUGAACACAUUUAAUGAAAUGCAAAGUCUGUUUCCUCUUUUUGGCUCAAAAACACCGACAAAUUACAGUUGAAUAAGAGGUUGUUAUCUAUCAGCUGUGUAUGGGAGCUGUCCAUACCCAUGUGUCUGCUUUUCAGUUUGUGGUAAUCUCCUCCUGUAAUGUUUUUCUUUGAGGCAAGAUUGCAGAGAAAUUGAAAGCUGGAACACUUGAAUAUUAACUCUGAUACAAUGAUGAUUGGUGUUACAGAGAAUCAGAAAAAUCCAGCAGUUUGUAAGUACAGGAUAUGUGACUGUUGCACCUUCUAAACCAACCACUUCAUUAAUCUUCGUGGUUAUUUUAAUAUUUUUAAUAUGCAGACUAUGGAGCAAAUGAAGCUCAGUUAAUAUUAAGAGAUUAUCUACAGUUUUAGCUUGCAUACAGGAUUAGUAGUUGGGAGUGAGUCACGCAUGGUUCACUUGAAAAUCAGACAAGUCAAGGCAAAACUGAAAUAGUUUGUACCAACCCAAGUUACUUAACAUCUAAAUUUAUUGAAAACAGAGAAAAAAAUAUAUUCUACUGGAAAACUGCUUUUUUUUUUUUCCAAGUGGUUUUUCAUUUUUUUGGGCAGUGAUGAUUUUUAUAUAUAUAUAUAUGUAUAUAUUGGGAGCAACUGUGACGGUUGGCUCAGUAACCAGCAUGUUUAUUAAAAACUGAAUGUUGGAAGGUUUGAAAUCAAAUACACAAGCUUAUAAUUUUUAAAUUAAAGGCUUGAAUACUAUACUAAAACUUUUACAUCUUUACCUUGCUAUGAACUCAUCAUUAACGAUGCUGUACAAGAAUAUUGUCUGCUGUUCACCAACUUUUUUAGAUCUGUGUGGAUGGCCAUAUUUUAAAUAUAUUUGUGUACACAAUACCAGGAAUUACAGAACUUGACAUCGUAUGACUGUUCUGACUGUAUUACUAAAAGGUUUAACUUGCCAAAACAGUAUGUUACUUGUAUUUAUAUUAAUAUAAUUCCUGUUUGUGAGACGGUCUUUUGGGUAAGUAGUGAAGGACUGGCUUCUAAUAAGAAUGAGAAAUCACAUUUCAUGUGCAGCUAAAAAAAAAUGUUGCCAAAUGCAAGAGCCUUCUAAGAAGCAUUUAAUACACUUCUGAGAUCAGAAUUAAAAAAGGCGGGCGGGGAGAAUAUGUGUGUGGUUUCUGUCUUGUUAGUUGCCAUACAUGGGAAGGUAUUAGCUGGUUUGUGAAGGCUAGGGGGAAUCUUGCUGUUCAAAUGUUUUAACCUUUGGAAAUGUUAUUGUUUUUUUUUUUUAAACAGAUUUGAUGGUUAAAACUUAAUAGAGCAUUAUUAAUAAUCCAUUGUAAUGUUGAAUGAGAAUGUAAUUUUAAUACAGCAAUUGCAUGAGAAAAAUACUGAAAUAAGGUUCCUGCAUUAAAUCCAGAUAGCAGAUAAGCCAUUCUCUGUCUUAAAUUUAUUGUAAAACUGGCAUUGAUCAUUUUGGUUUUUUAUGUUUUUCAAUAAAAAUCCUACAAAACA